AUGGGCUCUAAUCUUCCUUAUGCCGCCGAUGCUGAGAGUCCGCUAAAGCCAGCGGAACUUCAGGUGCUCCGCGCCCAGUAUGAGAAGGAAGGUGACUACGUGGGAAUUCAGACCAAGUUCAACUACGCCUGGGGUCUGAUCAAAUCCAACGCCCGGGUCGAACAACAAGAGGGUGUCCGUCUGCUGUCGGAGAUCUUCCGCGCUGCGCCUGAACGACGUCGCGAAUGUCUGUACUACCUCGCGCUGGGCAACUACAAGCUCGGUAACUACGGCGAAGCCCGUCGGUACAACGAUCUACUGCGUGAUAAGGAACCCGGGAACCUGCAGGCCGCUAGUCUAGGCCAGCUCAUCGAUGAAAAGGUGUCCAAGGAGGGCCUGAUGGGUAUUGCCAUCGUGGGAGGGCUGGCGCUGGCGGCCGGCGUAGUGGGUGGAUUGGUGAUGCGGGGGGCAAAGAGACGCUGA